AUGGAUAGAAUCAAGGAGAAAAUGAACACCCUCCGUCUGGAGGCCGACGAUGCCCACGCCAAGGUUGAGGAGCUACAGAACAAAGUCAAGGCUCUCGAGCAGGAGAAUCUGGCAAAGGAACAAGAAAUCAAAUCUCUCACUCACCGGAACCAGCUGCUGGAGGCCGAUGUCGAGAAGCUUGAGGCUGAUCUGAAGGAUGCCAAGGCAUCGGCCUCCGAAAAUGCUCAACACGGUACACAGAACGAGUCUCUGCAAAGACGUCUGCAGCUCCUCGAGGAGGAGGCCGAGGAAACUGACAAGACCCUUCGUGAGACGAAUGAGAAGCUUCGCCAAACUGACGUCAAGGCUGGACAUUACGAGCGCAAGGUCCAGGCGCUUGAGACUUCCCGUGACCAAUGGGAGGCUAAAUAUGAACAGAUGUCGAAGAAGUAUGAGGAUUUGCAGAAGGAGCUGCGGGACCUGGAAACUCUCAUGGGCAAUGUGUAG